AUGUGGGCUGACCAUGAAGGAUUCAGAGAGACUGUGUUGCAGAGUUGGACUAAGCCGAUAAAAGCUCAUGGUUUAGAGAGAAUAAUGAGGAAAUUGAUGAGACUCAAACAUGUCCUUCGCCAGUUUAACAGAAGGGCAAUUGGUGAUGUUGUGCACAAGUAUACUGUAGCCAAGGAGAACUACCAAUCUGCCCAAUGUCAGUUCCAAAAGGAUCCUCAUUUAGCUGAUCUUCAAAGAGAGGAAAGGUCUACAUUUGAGACUUUCUCUAGUCAAUCUAGAUACUAUGAUAGCUACCUUAGACAAAAAAGAAAAAUUAACUGGCUUCGGUUUGGUGAUGAUAACACAGCCUAUUUUCAUGCGUGUUUAAAACAGAGGAGAGCUACAAAUCGUAUCACCUCUUUUAUUAAUGAUGCUGGACAGAUUAAUGAGAAGUUUGAGGAUUUGAGGUUGAUGAAACCAUUCACAAGGAAGGAUGUGGAAGCUGCUAUGUUCAGUAUUAAUUCGAUUAAAAGCCCGGGUCCUGAUGGAUAUGGGUCGGGUUUUUUCAAAGUAAUGUGGAAAGAUGUGGGAGAAGAAAUAUCUGAUGCCAUCUUGGGAUUUUUUUAUCAUGGAAUGCUGCCAGAUGAGCUCAAUAGUGCAACACUCUCACUGAUUCCAAAGGAUAUUAUAAAAGGUUACAAGAGGAAAAACAUCUCCCCUAGAUGUGUGAUGAAAAUUGACCUUAGCAAAGCUUAUGAUACUAUAGAUUGGCAACUUUUAGAGGAUAUUCUUAAUGCUUACUAUUUUCCCAGUCGAUUUAUUCGAUGGGUGAUGAUAUGUUUGAAGGGUACAUCUUACUCUAUUAUGAUGAAUGGUAGGUUACAAGGGAGCUUUAUUGGUAGAAAAGGUCUAAGACAAGGGGACCCUAUAUCUCCCUUGUUGUUUGUUCUAGUCAUGGAAUACUUCACUAGGCUUCGCAUUCAAGCUUCUAAAAGCAAGGAUUUCAGAUUUCAUCCUAAUUGUAAAAAACUGAAAUUAGUUAGCCUUUGUUUUGCCGAUGAUUUGGUUUAUUUUGGGGGUUUGGCUGAGGAGGAUUUAAAGCAGAUUCUGACUAGGCUCCAAUUUGUCGAAGGGUCAUUUCCUCUAAAGUAUCUUGGCAUUCCUCUUCGGCCUACUAAAUGGAAGGCUGGAGACUAUGUUGGUAUCAUAAAAAAGAUUCACCUGAAGCUUCACACUUGGUCAAGUCGUCAUCUUUCAAGGUUUUUAUGGGGGACAAAUGAGAGUAACAAGAACAGAAGCAAAAUGCAUCUCACUGCUUGGGAUCAGAUCUGCUUACCUAAGAGUUUGGGUGGUAUUGGGUUUAAGGAAGGGUCCAAAUGGAAUAAAGUGUUACUAGCUAAGUUUAUUUGGGCUAUUUCCUCUAAAAAGGACAUCUUCUGGGUGAAAUGGGUGGAUGCCAUUUAUCUCAAAGGGAAGAAUUUUUGGGAGUAUAAGAUCAAAACUGAUGUGAGCUGGUACUGGAGAAAGCUUGUCAAUUUGAAAUCUGUCAUCACUUGUGGUAAUCUAGAGGAUGCAAUCAAGAAUAGCAAAAUUAAUCUGAGAAAGCUUUAUGUUCAGAUGCAAAAUAAGGAGAGAGUUCAUUUUGCCAAUGUAGUUUGGUGCAAUCUGGCUGUUCCUAAGCAUAGGUUUAUUUUAUGCCAAGCUACUCUUGGGCACUUACUCACCCAAGAUAAGCUUGUUCACUGCCAUUUGAGUAUUGCUUCUUUACUGUGUCCGAUUUGUGAGCUGAAACAGGAAACUCAUUCUCAUCUGUUUUUUGAUUGUCAUUUUUCUCAGCAAGUUAGAUCAAAAGUUGCUUCUUGGCUGGGAAUUGAUAUAUGGCUGGUUAAGUAUGAAGAUUGGUCCUCUUGGAUGUUUGGGAGACCUAAAGGUCUGAAGUAA